UUCAGCGUCAAACUGUCAAUCGAGAGCUGUUUCCGUUCUUUUUGAUCGUGAAGUGUAAUCAUGGCGGUCGGCAAAAAUAAAGGCACCUCGAAAGGAGGCAAAAAAGGGUCGAAAAAGAAGGUUGUGGACCCGUUCACUCGCAAGGAUUGGUACGAUGUGAAAGCCCCAAACAUGUUUUCAAUUCGCCAGGUUGGUAAAACCUUGGUAAAUCGUACUCAGGGCACUCGAAUCGCUUCCGAUGGUUUGAAGGGCCGCGUGUUUGAGGUUUCGCUAGCUGAUUUGCAGAAUGACAGUGAUGCAGAGAGGUCCUUCCGUAAGUUCAAGCUAAUAGCUGAGGAUGUGCACGGUCGGAAUGUCCUGUGCAAUUUCCACGGAAUGGAUUUGACCACGGAUAAACUGAGAUCCAUGGUCAAAAAAUGGCAAACGCUGAUUGAAUGUUCAGUCGAUUGCAAGACUACCGACGGUUAUCUGUUGCGUGUUUUCUGUAUUGGUUUCACCAUCAAGGAUUCGGCAUCUCAGCGUAAGACUUGUUACGCUCAGCAUUCUCAAAUCAAGGAAAUUCGAAAGAAGAUGACUACUAUUAUCACACGCGAUGUGACGAGUUCCGAUCUCAAAGAGGUCGUUAUCAAGUUGUUACCGGACUCGAUCGCUAAGGAUAUUGAGAAGGCGUGCCAGGGGGUAUACCCGCUACAUGAUGUCUACAUUCGAAAGGUAAAAGUCCUCAAGAAACCUCGUUUCGAUCUGGCUAACUUGCUUGAGCUACAUGGCGAUGGUGGUGGCAAAGGUGCCGAAGUUUCGACUGGAACCGCUGAAGGUGGCGUUACAAUCGAUCGCCCAGAAGGCUAUGAACCGCCAGUACAGGAAUCGGUUUAAACAGCAUUAGCAUUAUAAAUGAAUAAUUUCCGCUUUGAAACCAGCAAGUGAAGCGUAGGGUGCGUUAAUGUGGGAGAAAAGUUCGUAAAUACAACUUACAUCUGUUGUACAUGGAAAAAAUUGUUGUUAUUCUUAAAUGUUCCCCUUAGUGUUGUCUUGAUAGCGUUAAUGGCAGUAAGUAUCGUUGAAAUUUACAUUUUGUUAACUAGUUUUAAUUGCAAUUUCUUUACAGAUUACAUUAAGCAAACAUCUCUUAAGAAUAAAAGUUAUUUCUCGUCUCUGACUAUUCGAAUGUGAAAGAGAUAAACGAUAUCGACUGAAAAUUAAGUUAAGCAGUCUAUCUGCGUCAUUUAGUUGAAAUAACUCGAUUUAAAAAAGAUUUUUUUCAGAGACCUGCGAAAUGUGAAGAGCUGACAAUUAAAUUAUGAGCCAGUACAAAUAAAGAAAUUAGCACCUUGGUCUACUAACAAAACGAGACCGCUGACUGAAAAAACAUUUUUGCAAAAGAAACUCAUUUGGAUAAAUAUGGAUAAACAUUUAUGAGAUUUUGUUUCGCAAACACGGGUGGUGAUUCAACAAAUCAACAUUUUGAUCAGUCUUCAUAUAAAAAAAUCACAGAAACCGUAAAAAAAUUUAAGUUGGAAAAAAAACGUAUCGUCCAAAAAGAUUAUAAGGUGUGGAUUCAACGUUUGUACGCAUGGAUUACUCAUCAACAAAAAAAUUACGAUGGAAGUAGCUUACAAUAUGUAUCCUGCAUGUAGAUGAUAAGAUUCACGGUUAAAUAUAGUGGUUACUCUUUUUAUAAAAAACAUACUAACAGACGUACAAGGCGAAAUUCUCACUGUAUGAACAGUCAUGCUAGAGUAAAGGUACGUAAUUUUAAUCAAUAUUUCGAAACAUUUGCUCUUUAUUGAUGAUACCGAUGACGAGACUGAAUUGAUAUUUGGUAUCUGAUAUAUUCGUGUUUUACGAAAAUAAGAUAUAAAAAACUCAAUCAAGAUUAUACUGGCAGCUGAAUCCAUUUUAUUUUAUUAUUGCUCAGCACCUGAAAAUAAACUAAAAUUUAACAUAGGAUUUUUUUCAGAUUUUCAGUAUUGAUAUUGAAUUGUUAACAGUGGAAACGACAACAGCAAGGCUUGUUAAACCCGUAAUGAUAUGAUCAGCGAGGUGAUUUGUCAGAAUGACAAAAUAAACAUACGUUAAUGGAAUAUUCGACUGUGUUAAUAGGUUCGUUAAUAUGGAGCAAGUGUAAUAUUGAACGAUUGAAAAACAUUUUAUAUAGUUGAUAGCUAUUCUUCUUAAAUAUAAAAUAUAUUCGCGAAUA